CAGCUGUCCGUUGAGAAGGAAGGUGAGUUCAGUUGCAGUCGGAUUUCGGGGCUGCGACAUCGUCUCUCGGCCCCACUGCUCCCAUUUUUCAUCGCUCAGCGUGUCUCUUCCCCACACUGGGUUUUUUUUUUUUUGUUUUUUUUGGGUUUCUUUUGGCUUCUUUAUUUUUUCCACGCGGAUACACGUUCGGAGGAAAGAUCUUUUAUGGUCCUGGCCGAAGAUUGCACGAUGUCUCGCACAGACGAGGUUCACCGAGUGACGGAAAAUGUCUACAAGACCAUCAUGGAGCAGUUCAACCCCUGCUUACGGAACUUUGUUGCCAUGGGGAAGACCUACGAGAAGGCCCUCGCCAAUGUGACGUUUGCUGCCAAAGGCUACUUUGACGCUCUGGUGAGGAUGGGCGAGCUGGCCAGCGAGAGUCAAGGAUCCAAAGACUUGGGCGAUGUGCUGUUCCAGAUGGCCGAAGUCCACAGACAGAUCCAAGUGCAGCUGGAGGAGAUGCUGAAGUCUUUCCACAACGAGCUGCUCUCGGAGUUGGAGAAGAAGGUGGAACUGGACGCGCGCUACCUGACUGCGGCCCUGAAGAAGUACCAGGUGGAGCACAAGAACAAGGGCGAGAGCCUGGAGAAGUGCCAGGGGGAGCUCAAGAAACUUCGCCGGAAGAGCCAAGGCAGCAAGAACCCGUCCAAGUACGGCGAGAAGGAGAUGCAGUUCGUGGAGACCAUCAGCAGCAAGCAGACGGAGCUGGACACCUUCAUCGCCGACGGCUACAAGACGGCCCUGUCCGAGGAGCGUCGCCGCUACUGCUUCCUGGUGGACCGCCAGUGCGCCGUGGCCAAGAACAGCAGCGCCUACCACGGCAAGGGUAAAGACCUUCUGACCCAGAAGAUCCCGGUGUGGCAACAGGCCUGUUCCGAUCCCAACAAGCUCCCGGAGAGGGCCGUGCUCCUGGCCCAGCAGAUGGGCUCGGCCACCAUGAGCGGCACGAGCCCCCUGCACACUUCCAAAUCCAACCUGGUGAUCUCUGACCCCAUCCCCGGAGCUCAGCCCCUUCCUGUGCCCCCUGAGCUGGCCGUGUUCAUGGGCAGUGGCCUCGGGCACCAGGCGAGGCUGAUGGGCCCCGACGGCAUGUCCAUGGUCAACGGGACAACGGGAGUCCACGGUGAAGAAUACUGGACCGACGGAGGGAACUUAACCCAGGUCAGGCCUUCGUCUCCGCAGGCCCAAGCGCAGGUGCAGUCCCAGGCUCAGCCCCAGAGACAGGUCAGCGACGUCUACUCCAACACCCUCCCUGUUCGCAGGCCAGCCCCCGCCAAGAACAAGAACCCAGUGGGCGAGACUCGGACCCUGCCCAGAUCCAGCUCCAUGGCGGCAGGCCUGGAGAAGAACGGCCGUUCCCGCGUGCAGGCCAUCUUUUCGCAUGCCGCCGGCGACAACGGCACCCUGCUCAGCUUCUCCGAGGGCGACGUCAUCACCUUGCUCGUGCCCGAGGCCCGCGACGGCUGGCACUAUGGCGAGAACGAGAAGAACAAAAUGCGUGGCUGGUUCCCGUUCUCCUACACGCGAGUGCUGCCCGAGACCGACAGCGAGAAGCUCAAAGUGAACCUGCACCACGGCAAGAGUAGCAGCACCGGCAACCUGCUGGAGAGCGACGGGUCCCUGCCCACGCCCGACUACGGCCUGACCGCCCGACUGCUGGCGCAGAGUCUAGCGCAGACCCGCCCGAGGCCCUACAGCAUGGCAGGCUUUGGCACUCAGCCUGCCAUUGAGGAUUAUGAUGGUCGCUUUGCCACAAGUUUGGGUCCAGAAUUGUCCCGCUUCUGAAGGAACAGGAGCGCCCGAUCGCUCCAUGGAGGUCUUCCUCCGGCCCGCCUUCACCGACGACCGAUCCGCCACCAUCUUCUACUAGCGGCCCGCGACGGCUCCCGGUCGCUUUUUCAUUUCAAACGAACGUCUGCGGGGCGAAAAAUGGCCUGGCCGACCUUUGAAUGUUGUGGAAUGAACCUUCGCCUCAUCCGUUCAUAUAAAUUCACGACUAAAGACGAGCUAAUAUUGGACCGAAAGUCGGAAUCUUGGGAGAAUAAAGUCCAAAUAUUGCAUCUAUAAUUAGUAAAUGUCAGUGUCGGGAAGAAAAAAUGUCAGCUCACUGAGAAUAUUAAUAUCUACAAGAAAAUAUGACUUAUUGUGAAACUUUAUUUCCCCAUGUAGAAACCGGAAAAAGCCCAAAAUUGAAAGAUUUUUCUUUUUUUUUUUUUUUUAAUCUUGGUGUUGAAUUAAUUGAAAAAAUAAAGUCAUGUUCAUAAAAAUUUCUAAAGUCACAAUCUUGUGAGCGUUAAUGGAAAAAAAAUUGUACGUUUAUCGUUUUUAAAAGCGUGGCAGGGGUCGGCGGAAAAUAUCCACGUGAGGUUUUAUCGUUGACGGAAUCGAUUUUGUCGCAGAUUUGCGGCACUUUGGAACCGAGCGGCCCGGACGAAUUUCCGCCGUUUUUGCCACGUCGCCAGCGCAAAAAACGCUUGGCAGCUUCGCCGCUUCGGAAGUUCGCAAAAUUAGCAGAUUUUUGGAGGCGGAGCCUAUGCCGCGUUCAUCCCAUUUUUGCUCGUUUUUAUCAUUUUUGAAUUUCUUUUUUUUUUUUUUUUUUUUAAGGCAAAUAAAAGGGAGCGUCAGUUACUUGUAAAAUUUAGCGGUUGUCGGAUAGCGGCGGUCCACUCUGCUCGGUUUGAACAAAAGUAUUUUCAACCCCGGUUAUUGUUAUCGCCAGCCAAAUAAUUGCAAUAAUACAGUGAGAUAUUCCUCGCCCUUGUAAGUAAGAGUUUUAGUUCAAUGAAUUUGUGCUUAAGUUGCAAUAGUUUCUAGUUGCGUAUCCAGAGUAACGUGGCAGUUGUGCCUUUUUUCUUCUUUUUUUUUUUUUUUUUUGCAGUUUUCACCAUUAAUAUGACUUUGCAAUAUCGCUCCUUUUCUCCUUUUUAAUAUCACUGAUGUGUUAUCUGCCGGCCGGAGGAGCGAGGUGAAAGUUCAGCGCAUGCAUAAAGGAAUUUUUUUUUUGGGAGGGGGGGGGGGUUAUUCAGAUACUUUCUUCUUCGUUUUGAGGGCGUGCUACUACGGAAGUAAAUUUAGCGCCACCAGGAUUUGAAUUUGAAAUGUAAAGUGAUGGAAUUUUUAAUUGUUCCAUUUCAGUGUAACUUUUCAGUGUUACCAAUUCGCUGUCUAAAAUUCACCGUCUGUGGCAGCAGGCAGGGUUACUUCGGGUCACGACCAAACGGCCAGCCAAUCCAGUUACGCUUUGUGACGUCACGUGACGAAAGAAGCGUAACUGCGAUUGGCUGGCUGUUCGGUUCUGACCUAAAGUAACCUCGCCUGGUGCCACAGACGGCGAAUUUGAAUUAACAUUGAAAAGUUACUCUGAAAUACAUCCAUCCACCUAUGCAUUUUCUUUGCCUCUUAUCCUCACCUGGGUCGCGGGGAGUGCUGGAGCCUAUCCCAGCUGUCAAUGGGCAGGAGGCGAGGUAGACCCUGAAAUGGUCGCCAGCCAAUCGCAGGGCACAUAGAGACAAAAAGCCGCGCUCACAAUCACACCUACGGGCAAUUUAGAGUCUCCAUUUUUGAGAUGUGGGAGGAAACCGGAGUGCCCGCAGUAAACCCACGCAGGCACGGGGAGAACACGCAAACGCCACGCAGGCGGGGCCGGGAUUGAACCGGCGACCUCAGAACUGUGAGGCCAACGCUUUACCAGAACUAUUGAAAAUGUGAUCACUUUAUAUUUCAAAUUCAAAUCCCGGCGGCGCACAUUUACUUCCGUACGCUACGUAGGUUAAAGCGACGAGGCGCAGUCCGAAUCUGCGUUUUUGGGCCGUUGGUUGUCAGUAUUACACGCCGGUUUGGUCUGCGCGGGUCAAACGUGGAAAUGAACGUUUACUGGAUGUUAUGAAAAAUGAUGUCCGGUGAAAAGUCAGGAAUGCGUCGGCGAGGAGGGCUUAACGCUGUGGGCUUUAUGGAACGGGGAAAUAAGUUUCAGAUGCAUUUGUUGUUUUUGUUUACAUUUUCAAUAGCUUUCACUUACUUCAUUUUCCACCUUUUUUUUGUGUGUUUGUAUCAUAC